AAAAUCAAAAACAAAUAUUAUAAUACAAAAUAUAGAAUAAUAAUAAAUAAUAUUCUUUUCUCCAUAUUUUCUCUGUCACUCAAAAUCAUCUUCCUCAACAAAAAUCGUAAGAAACCAAAUUCUCUCGUCGAUCGAACUUAGCACGAAAGGGCUUUUUUUCCAAUAUUUGUUCUUUUGAUAUAAGGACAAUGAGAUUCAAGGAAGGUAGUAAAGUGGAGGUAUUCAGCAAAAGGGAUAUGCCUUCUGGUGCAUGGAGGUGUGGUGAGAUUGUUUUUUCAGGCAAUGGACAUGCUUAUAGUGUUAGGUACGAUUGUCCUCCAGGAGAACCUAAUAGGGAUCUUGUGGAGAAGGUCCCAGGAAAAGCCAUUAGGCCCUGCCCUCCUCCUGUGGAUGACUUCUUGAAUAGUUGGACUGAUGGUGAUGUGGUGGAGGUGUUUAAUGAUCUUUGUUGGAAGACAGCGGCCAUUUUGAAGGUUUUCAGUCCAAGUUACUAUUUGGUGAGGUUAAUUGGAUCUUCAAAGGAACUCCGACUCCACAAAAUUAACAUUAGGGUGCGUCAAUCAUGGCAAGAUGGGAAAUGGGUUGUAAUUGGAAAGAAUUCUGGCAGUCAGGGAGAUAUGAAGUGCAAUAAACUUUCAACUUUGAGUUUUUAUCUGAAGAUGAAGGGCAAAGCAAAGACAAAAUUUCAAGCAGGAGAUAAAUGUACUGUGACAGCUAAAACAAAUAAAAGACCAUUCCCUUUUCAGCUGUCUGAUGUUGAAGCGGGUAAAGGAAAAGCCAUAAAAAUGGGAGCAAUGGAGAAAAAGGGUGAGUGCCUGCAAGUGGUAUCAGGGUGCUCAUCAUCAUUUGUGAAUAAGGUAGAUGCUGUUGUUUACCCUGGAGAAUGUAUGGGUGAAAUGUAUAUGCAUACUUCUCCUAACAAUCAAAGAAUUGCAUCAUAUGAAAUGGAGAGGGCAGCACCAAAUUGUUAUGUCGAGUCUUUUAAUGCAAGAAGCUUUGAAUCUAAUGAUUCUGAUAUUGAUGAAUGCUCUGUCGGUAGCUGUAGUGUUAUUAGUAAUAGUCCAAGUAAACUAUCUUGUCGCAUCUUAGCAGGUUGUCCUGAUGACGAUGCCCUUAGUAGUGAUGCUGAAUCUUUUCAUGACUGUGGAGAUGAAGAAGAAAAAUGUUCCAUACCCUUAGGAGAAAGUGUAGCGAUAAGAAUCCAUAGGUUAGAGUUGCAUGCUUACCGUUGCACUCUAGAGGCAUUGUAUGCUUCUGGGCCCUUAAAUUGGGAACAAGAAGUAUUAUUGACGAAUCUCCGUAUCUCUCUUAAUAUUUCGAAUGAUGAACAUUUGCUGGAGCUAAGGAACUUAAUCUCUACUGGAACAAGUAUUCAUGUUAGGUAGCAGCUAAUUAGUAGGGUCCUUCUUUUCUGUGCCUUCAUUUUGGGGUGUUUUUUUUCCCAUUCUAGAAACAGGUUCUAGUUGGUUAUCAUGUCCUCACAUGAUUGUAAGCAGCAGGAUGAAAUUUAUACAUGUUAUAGUUUUCUUAACAUUGUUCAAUCUGUGAUGAUUAGCCAAUGAGAAUUUGUAUUUCGAAUAAUAUGUAAGAAUUCUUAUUGCAGUAUACUUUUUUCCUGGUUCUCCAUUUUGUUAA